UUCUCAAAGAGAAAUCCCACUGAAUAAUGGCAGAACCCAAAGUUAAAUACGAUCGUCAACUCAGGAUAUGGGGUGAGCAAGGACAAGCUGCACUGGAGAAAGCCAGUAUCUGCUUACUUAACUGUGGUCCAACUGGUUCUGAAACUUUGAAAAAUCUUGUUCUUGGUGGGGUUGGAAGCAUCACUGUUGUUGAUGGUUCUAAGGUUGAAGUGGGUGAUCUUGGAAAUAAUUUUAUGGUUGAUGAAUCAAGUGUUGGACAGUCAAAGGCACAGUGUGUGUGUGCAUUUCUUCAAGAGUUAAAUGAUGCAGUUAAAGCCAAGUUUAUAGAAGAACAUCCGGAGGAACUAAUUGAGAUGAAUCCAUCAUUCUUUUCUCAGUUUACCUUGGUCAUAGCUACACAGGUGGUUGAAGAUUCCAUGGUGAAAUUGGAUAGAAUCUGUCGGGAGGAAAAUAUUAUUUUAAUAUUUGCACGAUCAUAUGGCCUCAUGGGUCUUGUCAGGAUCAGUGUGAAGGAACAUACAGUAAUUGAAUCAAAGCCUGACCAUUUUCUAGAUGACCUACGGCUUAAUAACCCAUGGCCAGAACUGCGGAGGUUUGCAGAUACAAUUGAUUUAAACACAACUGAUGCUGUAGAGCAUAAACACACGCCAUAUAUUAUUAUCCUUGUUAAGAUGGCAGAGGAAUGGGCAAAUACUCAUGGUGGAAAGCUUCCUUCUACCAGAGAAGACAAAAAGCAAUUCAAGGAUUUGAUUAAAUCCAAGAUGAUCACGAUGGAUGAAGAAAACUAUAAAGAAGCCAUGGAAGCAUCAUUCAAGCUCUUUUCUCCACAAGGGAUUAGCCCAAACUUACAGAAGAUUAUCGAUGACAGUUGUGCAGAAGUUGAUUCCAAUUCAUCUGAUUUUUGGGUGAUGGUGGCAGCCCUAAAGGUUUGCAGAUAUCGGCUCAUUGAGGAUGAGUUCAACUCUCCUGUCCAACCAGAGUUACAGAAGUAUCUGACAGAUGAGGACCAUGGGACUUUGCAAGAAGCCAACUCUCUUAAAGUACUUCCUGAAAAUACUGCUGUGGGUCUUUAUAUUCUUCUUCGAGCAGCUGACCGGUUUGCUGCAAACUAUAGCAAAUUUCCUGGCCAAUUUGAUGGUGAGAUGGAUGAGGAUAUAUCCCGGUUGAAAACUACAGCUGUUGGCCUACUCAGUGAACUUGGUUGCAAUGGCUCCGCCUUAUCAGAGGACCUUAUUAAUGAGAUGUGCCGGUAUGGUGCUUCGGAGCUUCAUGCUGUAGCUGCCUUUGUUGGAGGAGUCGCAUCACAAGAAGUGAUCAAGCUCAUCACUAGACAAUUCAUUCCCAUGUCUGGGACUUUCAUCUUUAAUGGCAUAGAUCACAAGUCUCAGCUGUUGUUGCUGUAGUCUCUGUAUUUACAGGCAUGUCCUUUCUUUCACCUUUACACUGUUUUCUUAGGUUCAGUUGGACUGAUAGUUUUUGCUUUCACUCCCCUUGCCAGAUUGUAUUUCUUAUGGAGCAUGUCAAGAGGAAAUUUGUCGUACUUCCUUGAUUAGUAGGAAAUUUAGGAUCAGUGAAAGAGAUUUAACAAGAGAGUACGUUUCUACAUUUGUACACAAACAAGGCCCGCGGCUUUGGUCUAGUAGUAACAGUGGAAUGCGUGAUGUGUGGUUUAGAUGUUCGUCACGAGUUUGAACUUGCGGCGGACUAAAAUGAUAGCUUAGCUGUCCUUGAAACAGAUAUAUGGUAAUCAAUUGAUUGGGGGUUCUUUUAUUUUGACAAAUAGACGAAUGCAGUCUCUUAUGAGUUGUU